AUGGCUCAGAAAGCGGCCAAAUCACUCGCCACUCGCAACACAGGCCGCCUCCGGCAAACACACCUUAUAACCCUCUCAAUCCACAUCGUGUUUCUCUUUCUCAAGUUCACCCUCCGCCGCUCUCUGUCCCUGUGGCCCUAUCUCUUGCUCAGCGCUCCUGCCAUAUUUCUCGAAGUAUAUCUAGACAUCCUUGCCCGUCCGACAUAUCAUCCUAACGGCGACUUGAAGAAGGCUGGGGAGGAUCUAGACGCAAAAGGCCUGACGGAGUUCAUGUGGGACAUUCUGUACUGGACCUGGAUCAAUCUCAUCACAGUCGUGAUCUUUGGGAAUCGUGCAUGGUGGCUCUAUUUGGUCGUUCCUGCAUAUGCUGUAUAUUGCAUUGUCGGGGCUGCGAAGGGCGUCAAGGGAAUGAUGGGAGGACUGGCUGGCGGAGGCGCAGAGGGCGACGACAUGGCACAAAGUAAGAGACAGACAAAGAUGGAGAAAAGAGGAGGACAAAAAGUCAAGUAUAGAUAG